CCGCGAUAAGCAAUUUUUUCCGCUUAUGGAAGCAACUUGCGUUAUCAAAAAGAUUCAAAACACUUGAUAACUUUGUCGUAAUAUUCCCACGUUGGCUAAAGGAGUAAAAAUGAAGGAAACUAUUAUUUUAUGUUUUUCCCUUUAUUUACUCUUUCCCACAGUUUGUUCAGCUGCCUCGAUUGAUGAACGUUUUCAGAACAUGGAACAUGUCAUUCAGACACUGUUAGCAGAAAACAAUGCGCUGAAAAGUCGUUUAGACAAUCUCGAGGAACUGCAGCAUCGAGUACAAGUUUUGGAGGAAAACUGUGGAAUUUCUGACAAAUCGAUAGGAACCGGAGAUACUCCAUCACACAGUUCAGAAAUCUACCAAGAACCCGUGCCCUCUGUCGAACAGGCUGAUACAGCUCACAACACGGAGGAAUACACCGGCCCCGAUAAAGACACCAUGACUCUGAAAAUGUCUCCACAGCAUAGGAUAGUUACAUCGAGCGUAGCGUCGUCAUCUUGGCAUCUGUCAAAGCGUACUGCUGAAAGCCAGGUGGCGUUUUAUGUGUACCUAAGUAGCACACGGUGUUACGGCAAUCAUGAAAUAUUCAAAUUCGACGUGGAGACAGUUGACGUUGGUGGAGGAUUUAAUACCGCAGACGGAAUUUUUGAUGCCCCAGCUACAGGUCUAUACGUAUUCAGCUGGACUGCUGUCGCGUUACAGAAAAGCUAUUUUUCAGCAGAAUUGAUCGUUAAUGGUGUGGUAAAAGGAGUUGUAGAGGCUGAUCCGGAUGUAGGCGGACCUGCCGAUGGCGUUCAUCCGGCAACAGGGGUUGUUCUAGCAAAUGUAAACGCUGGCAACCACGUGUUUGUCCGUUUCAAGCAGGGCGGAAGCUGUUACGUAAAGAGUGAUUCGUCUGCGCGUACAUCGUUUAGCGGCUGGCUAUUGUUUUGAAUAUUUUUGCAAAAGCAAAAUCUUGCAUAAUAAAGUUGACAGAGUA